UUGUCAUUUGCUUUCCAUUGCAAUCUGACCAAAUUACUGUUUCAUGCACGAUUGGUUGCUGUGUUAAAUAAUUUACAUAACAACAAUACACUGAUUGGUCGAAGGCGGCGGCGCAGCUGCAGCCGUUAGGGAAUUUUUUCUGUCAUUACGGAGAGCGGGAAGAAGCACUCCUGAAACACACGUCCAGGCAUUUUGUCUCUGUCAUUUUCGACUUAAAAGCUUAAAAAAAUUAAGAAGGUGGAUUUUAAUUAUCAAAAAGUUCGUAGACGAAAUGUAAAGAACGGAGAGCGGGAAGCAGACAACCAUGGCUUUGUCGUCGAUGUCGUCAGAAGAACUCCUAUUAAAAUUAACAGAGGCCGGACUCGAAUUCUCAGAGGAAGAAAAGAGAAAAUUCAAAGAUUUUGAAGUUGAUGGGGAAACUGUCAAUGCUGGUCUAACGGAUCACAUGAUAGCACAACUUUUUGAGAAGUCUUUUAAGAAGCAAGUUAAAUUUAUCAAACUUAUCCAACAACUUAAAGAGAACCAGAGUGAAGAACUGUCUGAAAGUCUGACUACACCUUCAGCUUUGAGGCAAGUAUUAGUAUUUUUUUUUUAUUUAUGUUCCUUUAUAUUUUCUUCUGAUUGACUGACUUUCUUUAAGUCCUUAAAUUUAUUUUAUUUUUUGCCAGAAUGACAUUGAUGUCAGUCUUGAUAAAGCACAGUAAAACUGCACUUCAAAUUCAAGUCUGAAAGAUUUCACAGAAGUCACUUUAUUAAAAGUCUAUUCACCCAAAACUCUGAUGCUUCAAAACUUCAAUGAAGAGAUCGCAAAAUAAGUCCAAAUGAAUUAAGUCGGUUAAUUAAUUUGUUUAUUUAAAAUCUGGCCAUCAUUUUAUGUUACAAAAAGUGCAUAAUGCUGCUAAUUUUUGUUGGUUUCAACAUACAAUUCUGUGAAGUGAUUUCAGUAUAUGUGAGUACUUUUAGAACAUUCCAGAACAUUUUAUCAAUAGCUGCGUUUACAUGGAUACUUGUAAUUGAAUUGAUGGCUCAAUCGGACUAAAAACAUGUAAACACCUUGAUCGAUUCGAUUUAGCUUGAUCCGGAUGAAAUUUCGAUCGGAUUGAAUUGGGUGGUUUAUCCCUUUUGUAAUCCGAUCGAGAGAACAUGUAAUUACUUGCUCGGAUUGAAAAUCGAAACUGAAAGGACUGUGCAAUGACAUUAAAUAGCGUAAUGACGUAUGACGCGUGGAACGAGCUGUUCUUCCUGUUGAAUUAAGUGUUAUAUUAAUACGUUUCCCGUCAUUCUAAAAUCCUCAUUUCACUCACGUCUCUGUGAAGUGAAGCAGGACAACGUCCCACCAGUCCUUGUUUUGGAUUCUCAUCCACAGACGUCUGGUUUUGGCCGCGGGGAGGGGCAUUUUUCCUGCGUGAUCAAUAAGCAGCAUGGCAAACCGGUUAAUCUGCUCUAAAUUAUGACCAGAGAUGAAUUAAUAUUACGUCUGCUGUUUAAAACAAAUAAAUAACCAAUAAAGGAGAGUAUUUAUGCGCGAACAGCGGGAAACUGUAUAAAACAUCAAAUCUGAUUUGAAACUUGUGACGUAUAAACGCGCACAUCAACCCGAUUACUUUAUUUAUCAUUCAUGUAUACACCUUGUUCAGAUUCAUCAAUUGUAUUUAUUUCAUUCUGAUUGUGUCCAUGUAAACGUAGCUAAUGCUGUUAAAAUUCAGGGAUCAUUUUGGUCACUACAAUCAUGAUAUGAACAUUUCAUACUGUUUCGUUUCUAUUCUGCGUCAUUCCUCUAAACAGCCAAGAGCAAAGAAUUCCAGCCCCAUUUCCUCUUGUCUUCUCACUACCAAAAUUCCCAAAGGAUGUUCAGUUAAAAUUGGAUAACAAAGAACCAUGUCAUAAGAUCAGCACUUACCGGCAUAAAAUUGUACGAGUGCUGCACGAGACUAUGGCUCAGCACACACUAUAUCCUUCAAACAGUGACUAUGUUUGUGCAGUCAAGGCUCUUAUCUCCAAAUACCCUUUCCUGAGAGAUGCAGAGGGAAAUGGAUAUCAUACCUGGCACAUGUCCCUGAAAAGAAAAUUUAAAACUGAAAGGUCCCCACUUGUUAACGAAGAGGAGGUAAAAAAGAUUAAAAUGAAAUAUGGUCACAAUGUAAAGAAACCUGGAGAAAAAGAGGCUAGUUGUCAGAGAACCAGCAGAUCUGUGGCAGAUGAAGACUGUGUGUCUUCUAUUGGUGAGGAUGCUAUUUCAAUCAAUGCCCAUGUGAAGACCUUACAGGACCAGUACAAGAAGACCCAACCAGAUGCUGCAAUAGUGGAUGAAAAAAUGAAACAAACAUUUGCUUGGAGGAGGAGGGAAAUAACCAAUGGCAUUCCUACUGCAGAAAUUUUUCAGAAAUAUCCCUUCCUCAGGACCCCUUCAGUUUUAUUCCAGGAAAUGGGUCGAAUGCAUGCCGUAAAUUUAAGCCGGUGUUUCCAGGAUUCCUUCAGCAAAAUUGUGUCCAAUGUUUUGAGUUUGGCUAAGGGGAAAUCCGUUAUAGAAGCACAUUACAUGGAUGCCAGAAGAGAAGCUGUUGCAGAGAGUCUUUGUGAUAUGGAUUUUCGUGCUGCUCUGGUUUUACUUCCGGUGAUUUUCAGGGAGAAAGUGGACGAUUAUGUCACAAUCAGACAGGAAGAACCAGCCACACCAUAUCCCAUUGUACAGAUUUUGGGAGCGUCUAACUGGAAACAGGUCUUCAGCGAGAAGAGAAUUUUCAGCACUGUGAAAAUGGAGGGAUCUGAAGUUUGCCGAGCAGUUGGGGUGGAGGACGGUGUUCUCUCUGCUUUUUGCAUGUAUUUUUUAUUCAACCUUGCAUAUCCCUCGUACAACAGGAACACACUACUCUUUCUCCAAAGGCAUGUGUUGAAGGUAACUGCACCUGGUGACAAACCAUUGCCAACUGCUGUCGUCAGGAUUAUUAAUCUUUUAUCUUAGCCUGAGAGGAUGCCACGACCCUAUGCAUGUCCAAAGUGUUCACGCAGACAUUUUACUGUAGUGAAACUAAUCAAACAUGUAGGAUUGAUUCAUGCUCAUGAACAUGACUUUUCCAUCUGUUGCGGACUUGAUGGAUGUCAAAAAUACUUUUUCAAAUACGAGUCUUUCAGGCGUCAUGUAUAUAGAAAACACAGAACUCACAUUUGGCCAAGUCAUAAUGUCACUGGAGAGGAUGAAGUUGACAUUAGUGACAAUGAAGUCAACACUGACACUGCAGAGGAUACUCCUGAAGAUGUUAUGCUGGAUAUGAACGAUCUUUUGACUAAUUUCAGAGGAAAUCUGGUUUCCUUUGUAUUGAAAUGCAGAGAAAAAAAUGUCCUACCGCAGUCUGUUCAGCAAGAAAUCUUGCAAGAUGUCAAGUUUCUGUUUAGUUUCUUCAAAGAAAACUAUGAUUCAUUGCUUUCUUACCAUCUGAAGCAAAAUGGUUUUAAUAUUGAAGAAAUUCCUGAACUUGUAGGGCAUUUACAAUCAUUUGACUUUUUUGCUGAGGCCUGUAAGGUAAUAGACUCUGAACAUUUGUUCAAAGAAUACUGUAUUUCUCAUUUGGACAUGAUAGAACCUGUGCAGCAUACUGUUAGAGAUGUUAAUGGUCUUGUGAUUGGAAAUUUUGCUUAUGUUCCCAUCAUUGAUGUGCUCAAAAAGUACUGCAGCCAUGAGGAUGUAUGGGACUCAAUACAGGAACAAAACAUUCAGCCUAGGGAUGAGCAUGUGCUGAGGGACUACAAUGAUGGAAAGUACUUUAAGGAACAUCCAUUCUUUUCCAAACAUCCAGCUGCAUUGCGCCUGCACUUUUACGAAGAUGAGUUUGAAGUGGUCAAUCCGCUUGGUUCCAAAAGAAACAAACACAAACUCUGUGCUAUUUACUAUAGUGUUGGCAAUAUAGGUGUAAAACGCAGGUCUCAGCUAAAGCAUAUCCACCUUGCAUUACUUGUUAAGCAUUCUUUGUUUAAGCAGCACAUGGACAUUAUUUUGAAACCUCUGUUGGAUGAUCUAAAAUUACUGUCAACUGAUGGCUUUGAUUUGAUGUUCAGUAAUAAGACAUUCAAUGUGCGUGCUGCUUUGGCUUCUAUCUCUGGGGACAAUUUGUCUGCUCACAUGAUUGGUGGAUUUAGCAUGUCCUUUAACUCAGGACGAAUAUGCAGAUACUGUAUGGCAACCCACUCAAAUAAGAAUGAGUUUUUCAGUGAAGAUAAAUUCAUUCUCAGAACUUCAGAAGUCCACAAAUAUCAUUUAGAGUCCAUAAAGGAGAAUCCUACCAACAGUGCAGUAUAUGGUGUUCAGAGAAUCUGUCCAUUUGAUGAACUAAGUUACUUUGAUGUGACAAAAGGACUGCCACCAGAUAUUAUGCACGACUUAUUAGAAGGCGUAAUACCUUUAGUAGUCAAACUAGUUUUAUGUAAAGCACAUAGAGAAAAGCAUAUGACUAUACAGGAAGUAAAUGCUGAAUUGAGUCAAUUCUCAAUCGGUCAAAAUGACAGAGCAAACAAACCAUCCCAGCUUUCUGAGAAAAUUUUACACAAUUCUAGCAUCUCGGGAUCAGCCUCACAAAAAUGGUGCUUAUUUAGGCUUUUACCUUUUUUGAUUGCACAUCGCAUUCCACCCAAUUCUGAAUAUUGGAAUGUUUAUCUUCUAUGUCGAGAAAUUGCAGAUACAGUUAUGGCCCCUAGAGUGAAAAGAGAAAACCUCCCAAUUCUUGAUUUGAAAGUGAAAGAGUUCUUACAAGAGUUAAAAGAUGUAUUUGACAUCAUUACACCCAAGUGUCAUUAUCUAAUUCAUUAUGCUAGACUUAUUUCAUCUUAUGGUCCGCUGCGUCCACUUUGGUGUAUGCGUUUUGAAAGUAAACAUCAGUAUUUUAAAACUGUAUCUAGCACCUGUAGAAACUUCAUGAAUAUUGCUGCUUCCUUAAGCAAAAGACACCAAUUCAAACAGUGUUGGGAGUUUUCAUCAGAAAGCAUGUUGAGUGAUUAUGAAAAAGUGUCUGGAACAAGCAUAAGCACUCCAUUUACAUCUUUACCCAGAGAGCUUCAAAAUACACUUAAAAGUCACAAAAGUUGUCAAGCCAUAGAUUUUGCAGGUAAAACACUUCAACGUGUAAAAGAGGUUUGUGUAAAUAAUGUAAAGUACAGCACCAAAGAUGUGUUUGUUAUUGAUGUUGUGCAUACAGAGGAAGUUCCUUUAUUCUUUCAGGUUAAGUACGUUUUCAAUGUAGAUACAUUGUGGAUACUGUGUGGGAAACUUUUGCUCCCACAAUCGUUUGACUCUCAUUUCCAUGCAUUUAGUGUUUCAUAUGAUAAGGAUUGGUUUUGUGUGAUGCCAGGAGAGGAACUGGACCACCAGGCACUUGACCUUUAUGUGGUUGAUGACCAUUUGUAUGUAGGAGCCAGAUAUGCAUAGUCACUCACCUACAAAACAUUAGGUUUAAAUUUUAACACACUCACCUACAUCUCAUUAAAAUGUUUAUAAUGCUAUACAUAAUUUAAUUAGUCCUUUAAAACUGUUAAUGUUAUGUAAAUUCAAGGGUAUUGUGUGGAAUUUAAAAAUGUAAGUCUAAAUUGUAUUGUGAAUAGCUUGUGAACUUUUAUUGUAGAUUGGAAAAUGAAAUUGACAUUUUUGUGAAAUAUCUUGUAGCAAAUGGAGAAAUGUUUUUUUAUGUUCUGUUAAAAAUGUUUGAAAUCUCCAUUGUAAACUGUAGAGAUGUAUUUACAAUACAAGAAAUAUUUGAACCUGUAACAGUAUUCAAACACCUGUAUUUGUGUAUUGUGAAUGGCUUAUGAAUUUUUAUUGUAGAUUGGAAAAUGAAAUUGACAUUGUGACAUUUUAGUGAAAUAUCUUGUAGCAAAUGGAGAAUUGUUUUUUUUAUGUUCUGUUAGAAAUGUUUGAAAUCUUAAUUGUAAACUGCAGAGAUGAAUUUUACAAAAUAACCUGUAACAAAGUAUUCACAAACACGUGUAUUGUUUUUCAUAUUAAAUUGAUGUUAUUCAAUAGAAAAAUGGCCUUUAAUAGUUCUUGAAGGAACAUAUUUGACACAGUUAAGGUACAAAAGGGCUUGUCACUGGGGUGGUACCUUAAAGGAUCAAAUAUGCACCUUAGGUAAAGGUACAAUAUUGUACCAGUAAGUAAAAAAAAAAAAAGGUACAUUUU